AUGGAAUUUCCCUUCCCCACUUGCAAAAUAAGUGCAUUCAAGACAGAUUUUACUAAAACAGCCCUCCCCGCAAGGGAUAACGUCCCUGCUUUCGUGCUAACUGAAGUCCUUUUAAAGGUCACAGAUGAGCUGUUUAAUGAAAUUGCAACCAUUGUUGUUAAUGAAGAUGGCUCAAUAAUUGAAGUUGACCACAACUCUGUUGCUUCAAAUCACAAGGAAUCACCAUCUUCUUCACUUAUUCCAACUCCGAAGGCUUCUGCAAGGGUACUAGUUCCAGGUAAAGCAAAAGAACCAGACACUGCCGAAGAAAAAUCUAGUUCAAGCUCCCCUGGCAAUGUACUAGGCCUUGCAAAUUAUGCCUCUGAUGAUGAAGAUGUAGAUGGUGAAAUUCAAAGUUCCAGGAUGACAUAUUCAAGGAGUAAUGAUUCUGUUGUGCAGUCCAGCACUAACAAGCUUUCACAAGACAAUGGUCUAACAGAGAGGUAUUUCACAGGAAGUACUUGAUGAGCAUAGGGGAGUUGAAAAGAACUUGGAAAGUGAUAUGAAGUCAAAAAACAGAAGUGACACUACUGAUGACAGUGCAGAUAGGAACUUUGAAAAAUUAUUUUCUUCUUAGGUGGCAUCAGGAUAUGAAAGUAAUAUUAAUAGUGGAAAGCUUCAAGAUGGAAAUAAUGGUUCUAAGAUGAUUAUUACUUUAGGGGAACGGGUGACAACAAAAUCUGAUUCUGAGCUGCCUGAUGGAUAUGCUGGUAAGAAAUCAACAAAACCCGAAUCUCAAGGUAGGGAAAUGAAAUUAAAAUCAGAUAAGAAUGAUCGACAAGAAAGUAGAAAGAUUUCGUUCAGUAAAGACCUUGGUAGUGGUAGGGAGUUGGAGGUUGUUGAGAGUAGGGGAGAGCAGAAAGGAGAUGAGAAUUAUAUGAGAGAGGAUGAAAGGCUUAGAAAGCAAAACAUAGAAGAUCGAAAUGACUCAAAUGUGAGAGAAAAAGAGCCUAAAUCUGUGGACAAAGCCAAGGAUUCUGAUUCAAGAAAAAUAUUCAUUCAUCACGAUGCCAAGGAUGACAGGAAAGAUGCAGAUAGAUUUAAAAGGGCUAGUGCUAAAGAAGAUGUUGGCAGGAAAAGAGAACGGACAAAAGAAGAAGAUAAAACAAGACAUAAACGUGGAAGUGACUCAAGCCGGCACAAAAGUAGAAGGUCCUCGUCAAUUAGCUGUAGAGGCAGAAAGAGCAAGGAUGACUAGUGAUCAUGCCAAUGAAUCAAGUGAUUAAACAUCAGAUGGUUCUAAGAGAAAGUCGCGUUCAAGAAAACGGUCAUCACCUUCUCCUAUCAAGUCUAGAAGAAGGUAACUGUAUCAGUAUUUGAUCAUUUCUAUUCAUGUUUUGUAUUUUCUUUUUAUGCAGACUGAGCCCUUUGCAGGUUUGGUCUGUUCUAAUGUUUUUAUGCAGAUACGGUCGAGAUAAUUAAUAGGAACUUAAACUAAAGAAACAUUUUGACCUUUUCCAAAUGCUACCGUGUACUGAACUAUAUGACUUCAACUUUCAUGGUGUAUUUAUAGCCCGAGGAAGCACCUCGUUCAUAUUCUAUCCCAUUUGAAUUACUUCUGCUUAUUACUGUUUCUGCCUGCAAGUUCUUUUGUGAUUUUAGUGGAUGGUUCCCACAAACCUAGUUUUUUGGUUAAAAGUUUGUAGUCUGGUUGUGACUAUGGAAAUGUCAAGUCUUACCUUUCUUUUAAGUGACCUAUAUUUCUUGCUUUUUAUGUCAUCUUAACUCUUCUAUAGCUACACCGAUUAUUAUUAUUAUUCACGUCUGACUUCAGUUUACGUUCUCUAACACAAAUUGGAUGGAAAUUUUGACAACAUCGGUAAUGGUGCUAUAUUGAAUGUUCCCGAAGCUCUUGUUGCUCUAUAUGAUUUAUUCAA